AUGCCUUUCGGACUGUGUAAUGCCCCUGCAACGUUUGAACGACUUAUGGAAAAAGUUUUACGAAAAUUUUUGACAAAGAUUUGUUUGGUAUAUCUGGACGACGUAAUAGUCUUCGAGGGCAUUACUACUGAUCCUGAAAAAAUUAUGGCAGUAAAAGACUGGCCAGUAUCGCAUACCAAGAAACAGUUACGUAGUUUUCUUGGUUUUUGCUCAUAUUAUCGGAAGUUUGUUAAAGGUUUCUCUUCUGUUGCGAAACCCCUUUUUGUGCUCACAGAAGAUAAAACUAGGUUUUCUUGGGGAAAGGAACCCCAUAAGGCCUUUAACGAAUUGAAACAUGAUUUAGAAGGCCAGCUAGCCCGUUGGUUAGAAAGACUUCAACGUUAUGAUUUCGAGAUUAUUUAUCGGAAAGGACUUUUACACGGAAACGCAGAUGGGCUUUCAAGACGGCUAUGCGAAUCAAUUGGAUGCAACUAUUGCACUAAAAUCGAAAAGAAAACUGCCCAUGAGCCCGAAAAGAUUGUAGUACGAAUUGUCAUCCCCGAAAGAAGCCAACUGGAAUGGCGUAAGGACCAGAGAGAGGAUCCAGACUUGGCGAUAGUCGUUUCUGGAAAGGAGGCUGGAAGCGCCCACCAUGUUUGGAUUCCUCUCCAAAGAAUACUUCUAGCCGAAUUUAUAGGCUAUAUUGGGAUGCUCUCUGCCUUAAAGACGGGGUCUUGUGGUCAUUUCGGAAUCAAUAAGACUCUGGAUAAAAUCAGGAAAAGAUUUUUCUGGGCAACUUGCAAACAAGAUGUUGAAGAAUGGUGUCGUUCUUGCAUGGUUUGUACAUCAAGAAAGGGUCCUUUAGGAAAAGGAAAGCCUCCUUUACAAAUUUACAACGUUAAUUCUCCUUUUGAAAGGGUGCAAAUGGAUAUUUUGGGCCCUUUACCUUAUACUACCUCUGAGGUGAUGGAAAUUUUGGGAAUAAAGAAAACAAGAACUACAGCUCUUCAUCCACAAUCUGAUGGUCAAGUGGAACGACAGCACCAGACCAUAACCAACUUUUUAGCAAAAUACAUUUCGUCUAAUCAGAAGGACUGGGAUCGUUGGAUUCCCAUGUUUCUCUUAGCCUAUAGAACGUCGAAACACGAAACGACUGGUUUGUCACCUUCAGAACUUUGUUUUGGUCGAGAUCUAAAAAUGCCUCUGGAUCUAUUUCGAGGAAGUCCUCCAAAUUCUUCUACUGUAACUUCUGGAUUCUCAGGUGAUUAUUUAGAAAAUCUUCGAAGGAAAUUAGAAGAAAUUCAUAUGGAAGUUAGAAGACGUGUUGACAUUGGUUCGUCGCACGUAAAAGUUCGUUAUGAUCGUCGAGUUAGGCAACUUCAUUUUAAAAAAGGACAAAAAGUGUGGUUUUAUAAUCCUCAUAGAAUAAAAGGAAAAGCUCCUAAAUUGCAGAGAAAUUGGGAAGGGCCAUACUCUAUAGUUAGGAAACUCAGUGACGUUGUAUUCUGCAUACAAAAGACUCCAAAACAUCGGAAGAAAAUCGUACAUGCCGAUAGGCCGUCAGAACUGCAAGAUUUUCUUGAAGAUGGUCCAUGUUCUACGGCGCUGUAA